UCGCCCCAGUGUUUUUUAUAAUCCCUAUCUUUUUCUCAACUUACUAUGAAUUUAAAUAUUUCUUUGAUCAGGUCACAGAACCUGAUGUGAGCAAUUCAACAAAAAGGACAAUACUUCCGCUAGUAGUGAAUAUAGUACUUAUAUUUUUACUUUCUGGGGCUUUAUUUUUAAUGAGAGAUUGGUUUGGAGAUUUCAUGUACAUGUCCGAGAUACUACCAAGAUUUUCAAAUAAAUUCAAGAAGCCUAAUGACAAUACGCUAUCAAAGAAAAUGGAUAAUGACAUGUCACUUGGAGCUAUCAUAUCAGGCAAUUUUUUUAUAGGAACAGGACGGAGAAUCGGAGGGAAAUACAUAGUGACAUAUCUGCAUGUUGUGAAGAAAAUUACAAAUCCAGGAGGACUGGCCAGUAUUGCAGACAUUGACCGGUCCAAGCUUGAUGAUCCCACUGUGUAUGUCACUUUUGCUUCAUCAUUAAAGCGCCGCCAAAGACCAAAAUUUCACAUUAAACCAGAUGUGAUUUACAUUAAUGCACAGUUUGAAUUUGCAAUACUUGAGCUAAAAUCUUUUGAAUGUUUACCAAGAGGUCACAAGGAUAGAGUCUCUGAAAUACGACCAGAAAAUGCAAACAAGUUCAAGAAAUCUCACGACAGCACACUAUCAGAGCAAAUGGUUAAUAACAUGUCAGUGAAAAUGAAAUCAGUUGGGGCUAUCAUAUCAAACGAUUCUGUACGAGGGACAGUAUUUAGAGUCGGGAGCAAAUACGUGAUGACAGCUCUGCAUGUUGUGAAAAGUGUUACAAAUCCUAGAGGACUGCCCAGUAUUGCAGAUACUGACUGGUCCAAGCUUGAUCAUCCAACUGUGUAUAUCAAAUUUGCUGCAUCGGUGAUGGACGACCAAAGCCCAAAAUUUUACAUUAAACCAGAUGUGAUUUACAUGAACAAACAGCUAGACAUUGCAAUACUUGAACUUAAAUCUUUGGAAUGUUUACCGAGAAGCCUCAAAUUGAGUAAAUAUAUGGGCCACGUGAAAUGUGUGAACAUAAUUGGAUUUGGACAUCCAAUUGAUCCCAGGAAAAGACUGGAUCCAAACUGUGAAGUUCUGAACAUUAACCAUAUAAUUACAGCCAUUGAAAACUUUUUCAAUGCAAAUCCAAGUGUCUUGCAACUAAAUGGACUUAAACCUGGAGGUAUAAAAGGUGAAUACAAUGAAUUAGGGAACACUUUUAUGUUUCCUUGCCACACAUUUUUUGAACAAGGUUCAUCAGGAGCACCUGCUAUAGAGGAGAAUGAUGUUGUAGGAAUAUUAGUAAAAGGAAUGCCAUUCAGUUACUACGAAAUGAGAGAUUCUCCAUAUUUUACAGCCAGUGGUAUUGACAAGUUACCUAACAACUUGAAGUUUGAGCUAUGUAUCAAAACCGAAAGUAUCUUCAAUGAUAUGCGCUACGUAGUACCAAUGCUAGCUGAUGAUUUAUUUGACUGAAAUGGGAAACAUUUUGAUAUAUUAUUUUGUGGAAGAAAAGGAUCAGAUGAAUGUAAUAAGGUAUUGUCAUUAACUAUACGUCAAAAGUCAUCAAAGGAACGGAUUGGAGAGUGUUUCACUGAGAGCUUAGAGUUUCCAACACUAAAAUAAAUUAGUAUAAACUGAAGUUAUCUCUGUGUUAAUUUUUAAGUCUUUAUAAAGCUACACUGAAAGUCCGACCACAUAAUGUGAUAUCAUGACACUUUCAUUUUUUUACACCACUACUCAUAGAGUAAAGACAGCUAGACUUUACAUUCAGCAGCAGUUUCGUUGUGCAACUUCAUUUCAUUAAAUAUCACAUUCACAUGUCACCUUUGCUUAAUCAAGGGUACCGUAUUUACUGAAGCAUGUAACUUUAGUAUGGAACUUUACUGGAUUAUACAUGUACCAUAUUAUGAACAAAAUGAACGAAAUUUCCAACAUUUUUUCAAAGUUAUUAUCACAGACCAAUACGCAUCGCUCUAGCACUCUUAUACUAAAGUGAAAUAUAAAAUUCAUUACAUUUUCAGAGCAAGUUUUCUUCUGCGGCUUUUGUGAAGGACUAUAGUGGACCAUACUUCCCUUUAAGAUUUAAUUUUAAAGUGUAUGAAACUACAUGUCUGUUGAAAAAAAUAUUGUUUGAUUUCUUUUUUAAAGAAUACUUCCAAAAGCUUGUAUAAUAGAAAUACGGUAGUCUUAAAAGCAAAUCGUACAUGCACAAAAUCAUUGUAAAACUGUUAAAACAGCAUAUUUUAAUCCAUCUGCAUAUAUUUUUAUUUUGUUAACUUACAAUAAAUAACAGAGACAUUUGAUGUUGAAUAAUUUUGUUCCACCUAUGUGUUUGAUCAGUUUGUUUUUUAUGCUCCCCGAAAAAUUUCGGGGGAGCAUAUAGUCGGCGCCUUGUCCGUCUGUCUGUCUGUCCGGCCGUCUGUCUGUCGGUCCGUUGUCUUGUCCGGAGCAUAACUUGAAAACCCUUGGAGAUAAUUGGUUUAAACUUCAUACAGUGGUAGAGAGCAUUGAGGGGGAGUGCAGUGUCAAAGAACCAUAACUCUAUUUUGCCCGGAUUUUGAAUUAUCUCCCAUUAUAGAAAAAUCUUGUCCGGGACAUAACUCUAAAACUAUAAGAGAUAUCAACAUGAAACUUUGUAGGUGAAUUAGAUCUCAAUGGGUAGAUGUGCAGUGCAUAAGAACAAUAACUCUUUUUGUCCUAAUUUUGGAGUUAUUGCCCUUUGUUAAUUUUAACACUUUGAACUUUGUCCGGAACAUAACUCUAAAACUAUAAGAGAUAUCAAGAUGAAACAUUGUAGGUAGAUAGAUCUCAUUGAGUAGAAGUGCAGUGCAGUGCAAAAGAACCAUAACUCUGUUAAGCCUUAUUUUUGAAUUAUCUCCCAUUUUAGAAAAAUCUUGUCCAGGACAUAGCUUUAAAACUAUAAGAGAUAUCAACAUGAAACUUUGUAGGUAUAUAUAUUUCAAUGGGUAGAUGUGCAGUGCACAAGAAUCAUAACUCUGCCUGGCCUAAUUCUGGAGUUAUUGCACUUUGUUUAUUUUAACCUUUUGAAGUUGUCCGGGGCAUAACUCGGAAACCAGAAGAGAUAUCAACAAGAAACUUUGUAGGUUGAUAGAUCACAUUGAUUAGAAGUGCAGUGCAAAGAACAGUAACUCUGCCUUGCCUAAUUUUUGAAUUAUUGCACUUUGAACUUUUUUCCAGGGACAUAACUCUGAAACUACAAGAGGUGUACUUUCCUGUGUCCAAAACCUAUUCGGGGAGCAUCACCCGGCUCAAACCGUGCUCUUGUUUUUUUUUGGGUGUUGUUGUUGUUUGCAUUAUAAUACAUGUAUAACUAUUGUGUGCCAAAUAAUUUUCAAAUGCAACCAUGAAAGCUGAUCAAUGACAGCUAUGACCAUAUACAAAUGUACAGAGUUCCAGCUUUAAACAGGAUAUUCCAAGACAGGAUAGGGGCUGGGAGAUAACAAUUUUGUCCCCUAGCUCUACAAUAAAGUAUUUUUUGUUUCUCCUCCUGCUACCCAAAAAUGUUCUUGUAAAAAAUGGAGGUAGUGUCUGUCAAUAAGAAAACUCUUCUUAGUUCUUGGGAAUCAUUCUAAAUUCUUUUUUUGAAGUCCAUAUAAUUCAGAUAUGUUCAAUGAAUAUAUAUUUAAAUGAAAACAUAGUUUGCCUACCUACCCAAAUGGGUAAGAAGAGGGGAAAAUAUAUAUUUUUAAGGUUGGUCCUUAAACACACACACUGGGUAAUUUCAAGGUCCUUUUACCAUAUUUUGCUUUAUUUUUUUAUAGCUCUAUCAAUGGAAACAGUACUGGAAACAGUACAAGUUUAAUUAUAUGAACCAUUGUUUUUAUUUUUUGUAUGACCAUAAGUAUGUUUGCUCUGUUAUGUUAUGUCAAUAAAUGUUGUAAAACCAUCAUAAAUAAAUUGUGUAUCCAUUGAAAUGAACUCUAAUCAAUGUAUUAAUUUUUAACUCUCCAGUAUGUUGUAAUGCAUAAUAUCAUGUUAUUUUUCUUUUCUAAGAGUAAGUAAUGAGUAUGCAAAUUUUUAACUACAGGUAAACAUUAUACAAUGCAACGCAAUACAAUUAUUCAUGCAUUUUUCAAUUAAUUGCUUUAUUUUAUGCAACAAGAAAUAUCUCUUGUAGGUCAAUAGUUUGUAAAUAUGUUGUAAAUAGCAUGAUGAGUUAUACACAAAUUGUUGAAAUCAUGUGUUACAGAAGUUGAAAUCUAGUGUUGCAGAAGUUGAUAUCUGGUGUACAGAAGUUGAAAUCUAGUGUUACAGAUUAGUUGAAAUCAAGUGUUAAAGAAGUUGAAAUCUAGUGUAACUGUGAUUGAAAUCUAUUUUAAUUUUUUUCAAUUAACCGAAACAUUUAGUUGGCAAAAACUGCUUCAAAACGUUCUUUUUACUAAAUUACAAUGAGGUAGUUAGAAAUGUAUUGACCACAGGACACUGACUUGAGAAAUAUUUUUGUAAACUUGUUUUUACAUCAACAAAAAAUAGAUAAAACAUAUAAGAUGUUAAAAUAAAUUAAUGAUGCUGAUUUUCCUGUCAUUUUUUACUUAAAAAUUUAAGUGUCGACUUUAUCUACUGUUGAAGGGUAAAAAGACCAUGUUUUGUAUACUCCAUUCAGGACCUUAAAGAAGUACCAAUUCUCAUUUUCAUACAUAAUUUUUGUAGUGUAACGUCAAGUCUUUGAACUGAACUUUAUUAAGGUUGUUCAACAUUUAAAAUAAAUAGGAAGAUAAUUAAGAUAUUACAAAAAGUAUGUGAUUUAGUGUCGGAGUUAUCUCUCCAACCAGUAGUGUUACAGAAGUUGAAAUAUUUGCUCAGGUUUUAUAUACAUUAUCAUUAUUUGUAUAUGUUAAGCUAUCAUAAUUAAAAAUACGCCAUCAUUUAAUUAAGAUUGGUAGGUUACAAUUCAGAUAUAAUCAUUUUUUUAAAUUCCUUUUGUGUUGUGAUACUUAUAAUGUUAAAAAAAUCAACAUCAAAAUGGUUUUGUACUGGAAAACUAUUACUCAAUAAAGGGUAAAAUUUAGUUUUUGUCUAUUAAUUCUUAUUUUUAUCAACAAGAAAAAAAGUUUUUUAAAAAAGUCUAUCCAUAUUGUUCAAUGAAAAAUUAUGUAACAAAAUUCAGAAUAAAACUGUUUAUAAUGUUUACAAUGCUAGCAACAUAUCUUUAUGUUUAUUUCUAUGAUUAUAAAUUUCAUAAAAAUAAUUCAUUAGAUUUAUUUUAUACUCUAUAACACCU